UGGAGUGGGGAGUCCAGGUGUUUCUCUUGCUGAGCCCAGUGGCUCUAAAGACAGUCUUGAAUUACAGAUUCCUAAACAAGAAACCACAGUCUUUGGUGCUGAAAUGGAACUGUCUGUCAAUGAGGAGACUGAAGUUGUAACUGUUGAAUCAAAUUCCAGCAGGAAAAAUAUUGAGGAGAACAGAACAGCAAAGCCGCGGAGUAAAAAGGGUGAUCCUGAAACUCUGAGAAACAUUAAGAAAAAGAAAAGCAUUCCUAGCAAAGCUAUUCCAAUUGUAAAUUCGACCUGCCCUGUCUCUGAAAAACAAAGAAAUAUCAGACCUUUAGAUAAAGACAAGGCAAUCUCAGAUGCUGUUGGUAGUGACUUGCAAACAGCAAGUUCAGCCUCUGCAGCCGAGGUGAGUGUAGCAGUCAAUAAGCAGCUGUACCAAGGGGAAGACAGUUGCGGAAUAACAGAUGCCUCUCUGAACAAUGAAUGUAAAAAACGCAGAAACACGUAUAAAAUCUCAGUUUUUCAGAAUGCUGAAUAUAAAGAUUGCAGAAAGGCUGGCAUAAUCUCAUCUGAAGCUUUGAUAUCUACAAAUAAAUGUGAACAAAGCAGAGCACAACUUGGGCAAAUAGAAGAACCAUUGGAUCAUCCAAAGGAUCUGUUGGAUGAAAAUACACUUGUUGAUUUUCAAACUGUUGAAACAAAAGCACUGGACUUUUUAAAUGUUGAGACUAAAGAGAGCAGAAGAACGUAUCUAGUCUCGGGCCCUCCAAGGGGAACUGAUUGGAACACUGAAUGUAAAGAUAACAGAAGAACAUUUGUAAUCUCAGAUUUUCAGAAGGCUGAACCCACAGCUAGCGGACAAUCACACAUAGAGCCUGGGCAAGAAGAGAAUUUACAGAACCUUGCUCUCAAAGAUAAAUCUGAAGAAAAUGCAUAUGGUAGCAAAUUGUUUGAUAGAGCUUAUGUUAUGUCAGACAAAUAUGUUACCAAAAGAGCCAAAAGAGAAAACUCCAUAAUCACCCCCACUUUGUAUAAGGCAGAUGGUGGUUCUGUAGUAGAGGCCUGUGAAACAGAAGUUGGUGAAAGCAACAGCACAGCAAAGGUCAGUAAACGCAAAGAGAACAGCAGUAGAAAGAGAAGUAAUGUGGUUGAUGAAAUCUGUGCAGAAAGUGGAAAAAUUUGUAACAAUACUGUAACACACAGCCAACCUUUGAGUGGUCUAAAUGAUCCCGUUGUGCAGCACCUUGCAAAAAGAAGCCAUAUUCCUCAGAAAACAUCCUCUAACACGACACAAGCAGAGUUCAAUGCUAACCCAAACAUGAAAGCAUAUGUAGUUCAUCCUGCAAACAGGUUGAAAAGUUCUAAAAGCAGCCCUGAGAAUCGCACAAAGAAAGUGAAAUCUAAAAGCCAUUGUGCGAAAAUUGCAUUCAAAGAACGCGUUGUCCCAAAUCCCUGUUUUGUGUUCACUCAUAAGGAAAGUGAGUGUGUAAGAGGUAGCAAAACCACUUCACAGGAAAAUCAUUUGGAAGACAGCUGUACUCCUCGGAAAAAAGAGUCCUCUUCACUGGCGGCUGUAAACUCUGACGGUGCCGAUGGUGUGAUUUUAAAGCCACCUUGUGUUCAGAAGGCAUCAGCAGGUGGAGGAGGUGGUGUGGGAGUUUGUAGUGUGCAGGACACGGGUGCUUCAGCACAAACCCCAGUGACUGUCGCCUCACCCAGGGCUGCAGCACAGAGAGCUAAAGAACACCCUGCCGUCCUGGAAAGCCUUCAGAAGUUGGUUCAGGAGGACAGUUCUCUUGGUGGAUUCCAGUGUUACGGACCUGAAACUCAGCAGUGUGGCCUAUUUCACAACCUUCAUUCCCCGGUGAAUACUGUUAAAGACAGUGAGAAGAUUGCACAUACUGUGAAGAACAGUCAAGACAAAACCCCUGAUGGAAGAAUACUGCAGACUGUAACCAACACCAGUUCAAGUGCUUGCGAAGAAGCUGGUAUAGACAAGAAACGCAGGCGAGCUGCAACUGUAGCUAACUACAAGGAGCCACGGCUUAAUAGCAAGUUACGGCGUGAAGAUCAAGAGAAACUGCAGCCCUCUGUGUACAAGGUGUACAAAUAACAAAAUGAGAUGCAAAUUAAACUGGAAUCAGAUGGGCCAAUGUAAUCCCUUUCAUGUUUUUUAAAUGAUAUAUUUUCUAUUCGAUAAAAUACAACAUUAUGUAUAACUGCUUUGGUUUUACUGAUGUUGAAAGGAACCAUACCUGUAUGCAGUGUGUGCUGCAUGCUGGUCCACACUGAGUUUUACUGAAAAUACAUAUAUUUUAUAAUCCAUACUAUAUUUAUUGGAUUAAAAUAAUUAAUGAGCAUGCCUCAGAAUAGUAGUACCCCAAAAUAUUAUCCCUUUGCUGGAAACGACAAACUUCUUGUUUGGUAAAUAUUUUGGUAUGGUUUAUUUGUCCUGUUUUUUGUGAUGAUGCAGAAAUAAGGCUUGUUGAAAGUAUUUAUUUUAAAAUGUCUUGUAAUUUUAUAAUGUAUGUUUGUGAUGAAUCUUCUGUAACAUAA